ACGCGCAAUUGUAGUUGAGGAGGAUUGGACUUGGUUGGAUAGUAUCUAUAAUAGUUAAUAUAGGGGAGUGAGUGCGUGAGUGAGUGAGUGAGUGGCGAUGCUUUCGUUAUCUUCAGGGCGAGGCCAACCCAAUCCGGCCUGGUUUCUGGUCUGGACUCUUUUUAAUUUCUGGUGGAAACUAUGGGAAAAAUGUAAAUUUAGCAGCAGUGAUUCUCUGUCUUUCUUUCUUUCCCUUCUUCUUUCCUCCAGGCUUCCAUUCCUUCUUCUCUCCCCUUUCGGGAUUCCUUCUUCUUUUUCCUCCUCUUCAUCUUCUCCCCUCCCGCUCUCUUCCUUCCCUCAACAACUCCCCCUCAACUCUCCUCUCUUCUCAAUCCCUCCAAAGUCGCUGUUACUUUGGUCAUUAUCUUACCUCUCCUCUCUGUUGGUUUCUUUUCAUUCUUUUGUCUCUCUUUCCCCAAACUGGCCAGUCCCUCCCACGAGUGUGGUGUAGCAGGUCUCUUCUCUGCGUCAUUGUGUCUCCCCCGCAAUCGGCGGGAAUCUGGACCAUCACCGAUUUGUCUCUCCUUCUUUCCCUGCCUCACAUCAUCCCCCCCUCCAAAAAGCAACAAACAAAUCGCCAGUACUGCUUGGACAAAAGACAGUACUUCUACCCUUCGACCCGCCCAGUCGGAU